GAAGGGGUUAAGAGCCGCCUGGCCUGAUCCUGCAGCAGGGCUCUGAGCAACCCGGCCGGAGCGGCUGCAGUGGGAAUUCCGAGCCCAAAGCUACAGCAUCGCUUCCCCGCGCGCGCUGCAGCCCGGCCGCGGGAGCCUUACAAAAGCCUGCACCGUUCCCAGCCCUGACCUUCCGCAAGCUCCAUCUCCGCUGAUUUGUUUGGUGUUUUGAGGGAGACGGGGGCACAAGCACUUUCAUUCCGCUGAAAUCCCAUCCUCCCUCCUGACCCCGAUUCUCAAGCAAAUGGCAACUAAAAUCGACAAGGAGGCGUGCAGAGAAGCCUACAACCUCGUAAGGGACGAUGGCACGGAUAUUACCUGGGUGACUUUUAAGUAUGAUGGCUCUACAAUAGUCCCCGGAGACCAAGGAACAGACUAUGAAGAGUUUAUAAGGGAAUGCAAAGAUGACAUCAGGUUGUUUGGAUUUGUCCGAUUUACCACUGGGGAUGCCAUGAGCAAGCGAGUCAAGUUUGCCCUCAUCACUUGGAUCGGAGAGAACGUUAGCGGCCUGCAGAGAGCCAAAACCGGGACUGACAAAACUCUGGUCAAAGAAGUAGUACAGAACUUUGCCAAAGAAUUUGUGAUCAGCGACCACAAAGAGCUGGAGGAGGAGUACAUCAAGAAUGAGCUGAAGAAAGCCGGGGGUGCUAAUUAUGAUGCCCAGAAUGAGUAAAUACACUAGCCAUGUCAUACCAUCUGCCUGAAUCAGGAAGGGAGGGGCAAAGCACAACCACCCAACUAAAUUCUGAUGAGGUGAACGAGAGAAGACUGGGCUUAUUUGUGUGUACCUAAGAGGUCCCUUCCCUUCUGCCAGAAUGGACUUUUAUUUUCCAUUCCACUUCCCUCUUCCAUAUGAGCUGUUCUUAUUUUUUACAAAAGUUGCGUAAGUAACUCAGUCCCCAAGCAAAUGCUGAUACUUUCUAUAGCAUGUUGGUUUACCUUUCUGUUUGGCCCUGCACUUGUCAUAGUCAACCUUGCUCUUCUUACAGGCCUGCCAUUAUAUCCUUUUUUUUUUUUU